AUGCCUCUUAUUGACAUGCUCAUCUCCUUACUUAUCUCUCUAUUUCGAGCUCCUAUCACAGAACUAAGGCAUAAAGUAAAGUAUUUUGAAAUCGAAGUAACAGAUCAUCAUGGUAAUAUUUUUACAGAGUCUCUACAUAAUAAAACACACGCUCUGAUAUUUUGCUUAUGCAGUGUUGAAGAAGGAGGUGAAUGUCAUGAGUUAAAAAUUGAUCGGUUUUACUAUGGAAAAUUGAAGUACUAUGAAGAAGCAUUUUCACACUUUUUCACUUUGCUCAGAGGAGCCACAAAAAUUUGGCAUUCAAAUGUCUAA